CGCAGGUACGAGCGGAGCCGGCGAGCGGAGCGGAGGAGAGCGGCCGGGCCGGCGCGGCCAUGGGGAAGGUGCAGCUCUUCGAGAUUCGCCUGGGCGACAGCCGCGUCGUCUACAGCCCCGGCGAGCCGCUGGCCGGCACCGUCACCGUGCGGCUCUCGGGCUCGCUGCAGUACCGAGCCAUCAAGGUGAGCUGCAUUGGAUCCUGUGGGGUGUCCAACAAGAUCAAUGACACAGCAUGGACUGUGGAGGAGCAGUACUUCAACAGCACGCUGUCCCUGGCAGACAAAGGGGUCCUGACAGCUGGAGAGCACAACUUUCCCUUCCAGUUCCUGCUGCCAGCUUCUGCUCCUACAUCAUUUGAAGGCCCUUUUGGCAAGGUCCUGCAUCAGGUGAAAGCUGUGAUAGACACACCUCGCUUCUCCAAGGACUACAAAUGCAACAAGAUCUUCUACGUUCUCUGCCCUCUCAACCUGAACGACAUCCCUGACAUCGAGCAGCCCAACACCAUGUCCAUCACCAAGAAGUUCAACUACAAGCUUGUGAAAAGUGGCAACAUCAUCCUGACAGCCACAUCUGACCUGAAGGGCUACAUCGUGGGCCAGGCCAUCCAGCUCCGCACAGACAUAGAGAACAAGUCCGGCCGGGACACCGGCGCUGUGGUGGCCAGUCUGCUCCAGAAGGUGGCCUAUAAAUCCAAGCGCUGGAUUUACGACCUGAGGACCAUCGCCGAGGUGGAAGGCUCAGGGGUGAAAGCCUGGAAACAUGCAGAAUGGAAGGAGCAGAUCCUGGUUCCAGCACUGCCCCAGUCCAUUCUGCAGGGCUGCAGCCUCAUUCACAUCGACUACUACAUCCAGGUUUCCCUCAAGUCUCCAGAGGUUUCUGUCACCCUCCCCAUCUACAUUGGAAACAUUGCUGUGAACAGGGUCCCGCUGAGCCCCUCCCGCUCCAUCCAGCACAUCCCAUCUGUGGUGGUCCCCAGUGCCCCCCCAGAGGAAGAGGAGGCUGCCAGUGGCUAUCACCCCAUGGACAAUGUCUCCAUCCCCACCAAAAGCCAUUCCCAGCAGCAGCCCUUUAGCUACGCCCCAGGACUGAGCUUCCAGGAGAUACGGGCGGACUCGGAGCAGACGGGCUCCCCAAACCACCCCACACUCUGCCUGUCCACGGGAGCCACUGUCCCCUACUACUCUGAGGGGAACGUGGUGCCUGUCCCCACAGCCAGCUCACUCAUCCUGCCCCCGGAGUACAGCACGUGGGGAUACCCCUACGAGGCACCUCCAUCCUACGAGCAGAGCUGCAGCAGUGCCAACUCCAGCGUCAGCAAUGGCAAUUAGCUGUCCCCUGCUCCGACCCCGCCGGCGCUGCCCACCCUGGCACCACGGGGCACCCGCCUGUGGCAAAGUCUGGUACAGCACAAGGCGUCUUCUUGUCUCUCUGGCUGCUUCGGGGGGGAACUGCCACAUCCCGGCCUGGGCUUUUUAAGUCUCUUUCUAGGGAGGGGGUAAAAAACCAAAAAGGGCAGCCAGAGCAGCCUGCAUGCAUGUAGGAGAGGUCUGGGAAACUGAACAGUCUCCUGCUGCUGCACCAAGUGCUGGAGGAGCUGGAUGUGCCCCUGGGAUGCCCUGGGCAGCAGCCAGUUCCAGUGCUGUAGUCAACACUAACUGCUUUACUAUCAAAGCACCUGCGAUGCCUUAUCUGAAACGCUCCUGACUUGGCACAGCUCCACUCUAAGGGGAGGCUGGGCUGUGUGGACUUGCUCUCCUCUUUUAGGGGCUGUGUGCUCUCUGCAAAUGGUUUUGACAGCCCUUCCUCCUUGUCCUCAGAGGUCCUAAGGGUAGCAGGAGGUUUCUUGGAGUAAGCAGGCUGGGAAGGUCAGGGACUUUUAAAAAGCCAAAAGCACAAGCCCUUGCUGUACCUGAGCUGUGGGGGGAGUGACUGGCAGUGUGAGUGGCCAUGGGCACAGGGGGGACUGGUGGGGGCACUUGCUGAUGAGCCUUGGUGAGCUCUGGGGAAGAUCCUGGUGUGGGAUGGAGUGGCCUCUUCCAGCACGGGUGGCUUUUCCCCACAGAGCCCUGUGGGACACAGCCCAGCCUUGCUCACUGCUGGGCCCUGGCACACAGGACAACAGCACUGCUCACUCUGGAGCAGGGCGACCACACUCCAUGUCCCUGCAGGGUGCCCUCUCCUCCCAGGCCGCAGUUACGUGACCAUCAAUCACAAAAAUCUGUCUGAUGCUACCUCUGAGUCUGCCCAGGGCCCUGCCCAUGGGAUCCCUUCCCUCUGGGCCCCUCUCCAUGGGGCUGUCCCUGGCAGUGGCUGUCCCUGCCCAGGCAGCCCACCAGGGUGCUGGGCCAGGGGCCUGUAGUGGCACUGGUUUGCUGUGUGUCCCCUGGGCCUGAGCAGAAUGUGACAAUGAACACAACCCGAGUGGGAGCUGCUGCGCUCGUCUGCAGCCUCCGCUGCACCUGGCAGUCAGGGGAACAAGCUGGGUUUUCUUGCAGUUUUUCUUUUGCGCUUUUUCCCCCGCCCACACCUUGUUUAGCAUUGACUGCCCAAGCUGAGGAAACCACAAGCCACGUCCUUCAGAGCCACAGGUGCCCAGGCAGGCUGGAGUUGUGGCCUCCAGACCUUUGGCACCUCAGAGCUGGUCCCCACACGGCCCCAGGCUGGGCAGGCAAUACCUGACAGACCUUUAGGAGCAUUUCCAGCUGCUGCCUCCUUGCUCAGCCACCUCUGCACACCCUUCAGGCAGCUGGGACAGGCCCUGCUUUGCACUCUUUCUUUGCAAAUGCUUUUUUAUUUUAUUUUAUUUUAUUUUUUUAAGCAUUGAACUGCUUUAAGGGUAGUGUAGCAAAGGUGCCGUUCUGAGCAGUGCUGGCACAACAUGCACCGAUGAUGAUAGAGUGAUUGUCAUUGUCCCUGAAUAUAUAUAAAUAUAUAUAUAUAUAUGAGAUGAAGUUGUUUUUAAUGAUUGAAUUCAGAAAUACAAAUUUUAAUGCUGUAUUUAAUAAAUUAUUCUAUGAGAAAUGCUGUGCUUUUUCAUCCAUUUCUGAUGCUGAUCCAUGUGCCUGUUCAUGCCAAAUCAGGAAUGCACCUUGCUGAUUUCUUACAAAAUGAAGUGAAUUUUUUUUGCUCUCACCAGGAAGGAUGGUGAACUCUGCCAAGGCAGCUCGGGGAAAACAAACAUGGUGUGGCCUGACCACAGUGCCAGGCUCAUAAUUCCACAUGGCUGGAGGGAAUUUGGCACAUGUGGGCUUGGCUCUGGAGAGAGCAGCCACUGCACUGCUGCUUCCCAGGCCCUGUGUCCUGAAGCCAGGAUUUGUCCAAGUGAC